UUUGUGUAAUAGUAUGGUAUACUUACUCCACUGCUGGAGCUAGAAAUAAGCAUUUCACUCCAUCUGCUUUAACAUCUGCUCACAUGUGUACGCGACAAACUUCGAUUUGUGGUGUUACUUCUAAAUGGGCCCCCCACAGUCAUGUUCGACAACGUACACACAGUGGCACACAUCGGCAAAAAUAGUUGCCAUUUUCGAUCACCCGAUCAAAGUUACUGGUGACUGCAGUGGAGAGACAUGCAAAAACACAUGUCUGGGGGGAAAGGUCCCUCUCUUCCUCUCCCCUCUCUGCGCCUCAUGGUUCCACCAUUGCGGCUGGUCUCAGCAGCCAUCUGGCAAACGGUCCAGCAGAGACACGUGAUGGAUUAUGGGAUGCUGGAAGAGUUUGUUACCAUGAUCACAGAGAUGGUUCCAGAGCUUCUGAACCUCAGACAGAGGGCCCAACUUAUUCUGGGUCUUCGAGCACGGCUGGUCCUGGAGUUGUGUUGCUCCAAGCCCGUCACAGACCUCCAGACCAUUCAGCCACACCUGGACAGGAUACAGACCCUCACACCUUUCUGGGGGACACAGACUGAUGAUGGAGAUUUAUCAGACUCCAACUUUCUGGGUCUGAUUCAAACCCUGCUAAAAGACCCAGAUGAGAUGGAACACUUCUUUCAGGAUGUUUUUCCUGUGGAAUUUGGUCCCAAGUAUGAUGCCGCAAUAGAGAAACUUAUGUGUCAGUUUCUUUCAAGACUUGAGAAGCUACUUCCAGUAUCAAAUUUUCAACAGGCUGCAUUCCUGCUCAGUGAUGUCCCCUCUGUUCUGGAGGAAUGUGUUGAGUCCAUGUCUCACCCUCAGCAGCUGAAAACCCUGCUUCAGUACCACAGAGAUCUCGGCCAGCUGGACAACCAUGAUACUCCGUCUUCUACUGUUGGGGACUGCAUUCUCUCAGCUCUCUGUCUCCCUCCUGUAGAAAGGGUGAUUGCAACAGAACAAACAGAAUCAGAAACACCUGAAUCAUCCUUAAAUGUCUUCAUGGAUACAUUCACCAACGAGUUGGAUGUGGACACUGCAACACUGACAGAGUACACAGAGAUAGAACCGGGGGCAAGUAUGAAUGUAGUAGAAAGAGAAGAGAGGGUGGAAUGUGAGAGAAACAACAAACUAUCUAUAGAGUUUGCUGACCCUGUGGACCAUGACGACAUGGAGGUUCAUGCCGGUAAUGAAGAAGAGAAGAUUGUGGGGAUUGGACCAGUAAAAGAUGAGACGGAAGAUAUUGUUGAAGAGGUGGACUCCAGGUAUGAAACAGUGAUGGUUAUUGGGGCAGAUGGGGUGGCGCAGACUUAUGAAGAUUUAAAUCAAAUCAAAUCAAAUCAAAUCAAAUGUUAUUUGUCACAUACACAUGGUUAGCAGAUGUUAAUGCGAGUGU